AUGGAAGAAUCCACCAUAAAGAAAGGGAAGAGAACCAAGCAGCAAAGGCAUCAUCUUUUGCCCCACGUAGUAUCAUCUAUAUUGUCUCCAACAACCUUCGCGGAGAUUUCUGAGAGCCCAACUAAGGAAGAAGAAGAGAUGGCUAAUUGCCUCAUAUUCCUUGCCGAAUGUGGCUACAAACCAAAGCUCAAUGAAAUAGAGGAAGCGACCAUCGCCGUGAACAUUACGAGCGGGCGAGUCGCAGAGCUGACAACCACCACCACCGGCAAGGCCGAAAAUAAUGCGCUUGGCGGGCAUCGUGCUAGCCAUAAUAAAAAACCGAAACUUUUGAUUCCCCUCGCAUCGGGGGUGUUGAAUGAAUACUCGUUCACUUCGCCAGUCAUGAUCAAGGUUAAAAGCCACAAAUAUUUUAUCUGCAGUAGUGAGUUUAGUUCUGACCAUGCUCUUGGCGGACAUAUGCAGAAGCACCGCCAACUGAUUGAAUCAGAGCCGACGAAGAAAGAGGAUAAUUCUAAGACAUUUUAUGUGGAUCUUAAUCUUCCACCUCCUUGUGAUGAUUAA